AUGGCAUGCACAAGGAACAACAUACCUUUGUCUUCACAAUUGUUCCAUGCUGUCCCCAAGACCUCUUUCCCAUUGCAAGUGAAGAAAAGCAAGUCCAUGGCCAAUUGUCCGCCCGCCCGAGCUUGCGUCCGCAUGUCGUAUUCGACUCCCACAUCUACACCUAUUGUCUCGGCCGACGAGCCCUUGCUCAAAUACGUACGCCGGUCUGCAGUUUUAGUUCCUAGUGAAGAGAAACAAGAUAAGGGCCAGAGCAAAAGGAGAGAAUAUUUGCUUGAAAGAACAAGAAGAGAAGUGCAAACUAGUACUAGUCGAGGAACGGUCGAGAGAUUGGAACUUGUCGACACGAUCCAACGGCUGGGAAUCGGAUACUAUUUAGAGGACGAUAUCGUCGCCUUACUCCAAGACGAGUACUCGAGCAGUUUUCAUAAUAAUGCCACAAAUGAUGACGCUAAUAAGGAGGACCUCUUCACCACGGCUCUACGCUUCCGAUUACUUCGCCAAAAUGGACUCCCGGCCGAUGCUGAUGUGUUCUCCAAGUUCAUGGAUGUCAAAAGUGGGAAAUUCGAAGAAUGCUUAGCCGAGGACGCAAAAGGGCUAUUGAGCUUGUAUGAAGCAUCACAUUUGGGAGCCAAAGGAGAAACAAUACUAGAGGAAGCCCAACAAUUCAGCAAAACACACCUUCAAAGCAAGAAGAUUUCGGCCGAUGAUGAUGAUGAUGAUAAUAUUGGUACAAAUGAAGCUCUUGAACUCCCGAGGCACCUUAGAAUGGAACGCUUGGAAGCAAGACGGUACAUUCUAGAAUACGCCAAACAACAGUCUCACGAUCCAGCCCUUCUCGAGCUAGCUGUCUUGGACUAUAAUCGAGUUCAAGCUCAACAUCAGUCGGAACUCUUUGAUAUUACAAGGUGGUGGAAGCAGCUUGGCCUCGUUGAGAAACUGAGUUUCGCGAGAGAUAGGCCGUUGGAGUGCUUCUUGUGGAGCGUGGGCCUCCUUCCCGACCCGAAAUACUCUGUUUGCCGGACAGAGCUCGCCAAAACCAUCGCCAUUCUCUUAGUCAUCGACGAUAUUUUCGACACCUAUGGAAAAAUGGAUGAACUAGUUCUCUUCACGAAUGCAAUUCGAAGAUGGGAUCUUGAUGCCAUCGACACCUUACCCGAGUACAUGAAAAUAUGCUACAUGGCCUUGUACAACACCACGAACGAGAUUUGCUACAAAGUACUCAAGCAAAAUGGAUGGAGUGUUCUUCCGUACCUCAAAUCGACGUGGAUAGACAUGAUUGAAGGUUUCAUGGUGGAGGCAAAGUGGUUCAAUGGAGGGAGUCGACCAAACUUGGAGGAGUACAUAGAGAAUGGAGUUUCGACUGCGGGCGCAUAUAUGGCUCUCGUGCACCUCUUCUUUCUAAUAGGUGAAGGUGUAACCGAUCAAAAUGCCCAAAUGUUGAAAAGACCGUACCCAAAGCUCUUCUCAUCCGCAGGUCGAAUUCUUCGCCUUUGGGAUGAUCUUGGAACCGCCAAGGAGGAGCAAGAACGAGGAGAUCUUGCAUCGAGCAUACAAUUACUCAUUCGAGAGAAGAAUUUGUCGUCAGAAGAGGAAGGUCGAGGCCGAAUAUUGGAAGAAAUAAAAGGAUUAUGGAAAGAUUUGAAUGGGGAGCUCAUCUCGAAGAACGGUAUGCCGUUGGCCAUUGUUAAAGUCGCGCUUAACAUGGCACGAGCUUCCCAAGUUGUGUACAAACACGAAGAGGAUACCUAUUUCUCGAGUGUCGACAAUUACGUAGAGGCCCUCUUCUUCACUCCCCUCUUAGUUUGA